UCCUGGCGCACGCUGGUUCCGCGUCCCCUCCGAGCCCUGCCUCCACCUGCCCGUAGCGCCUCGUAUUUGAGUGUGUGUGAGGGGGUGCGGCGCGGGGGGCUUCUGGGCUGUCCACCCCGUCGCCAUGGGCAAAACUGCCGACUCCAGGGGUCCCGGUGGCCGGCCCGACCCGGUGCGGAGCUUCAAUCGAUGGAAGAAGAAGCACAGCCAUAAGCAGAGCCAGAAGAAGCAGCUGAGGAAGCAGCUCAAGAAGCCCGAGUGGCAGGUGGAGCGCGAGGUCAUCAGCCGCCUCAUGCAGAACUACCAGGCGAUAAAUGUAAAUGAAAUUACAAGAUUUUCAGAUUUCCCUUUAUCCAAAAAAACAUUGAAAGGUUUGCAAGAAGCCCAAUACCGCCUGGUAACCGAGAUCCAGAAGCAGACCAUUGGGUUGGCCUUGCAAGGCAAAGACGUGCUGGGAGCUGCCAAAACUGGAUCUGGCAAGACUUUGGCUUUCCUUGUCCCCGUGCUGGAAGCCUUAUAUCGUCUGCAGUGGACCUCAACAGAUGGGCUGGGGGUUCUGAUAAUCUCACCUACGAGAGAACUGGCCUAUCAGACCUUUGAGGUUCUCCGAAAAGUAGGAAAGAAUCAUGACUUUUCAGCUGGUCUCAUCAUUGGUGGAAAGGAUCUGAAACAUGAAGCUGAGAGGAUCAAUAACAUAAACAUACUUGUUUGUACGCCAGGCCGGCUUCUCCAACACAUGGAUGAAACAAUAUGCUUUCAUGCUACCAAUCUUCAAAUGUUAGUCCUUGAUGAAGCAGAUAGAAUCUUGGACAUGGGCUUUGCUGAUACCAUGAAUGCUAUUAUUGAAAAUCUUCCCAAGAAACGUCAGACUUUACUUUUCUCGGCUACACAAACCAAAUCUGUGAAGGAUCUGGCACGAUUGAGUUUGAAAAACCCUGAGUAUGUCUGGGUUCAUGAAAAAGCAAAAUACAGCACCCCUGCCACUCUGGAACAGAACUACAUCGUUUGUGAGCUGCAGCAAAAAAUAAGUGUGCUAUAUUCCUUUUUGAGAAGCCACCUGAAGAAGAAAAGUAUUGUAUUUUUCUCCAGUUGUAAAGAGGUUCAAUAUCUGUACCGAGUGUUCUGCAGGCUCCGACCUGGUGUUUCUAUCCUGGCCCUGCACGGUCGACAGCAGCAGAUGAGAAGGAUGGAAGUCUAUAAUGAAUUUGUCCGCAAGAGAGCUGCAGUGCUUUUUGCUACUGAUAUUGCAGCCAGGGGUCUGGAUUUCCCGGCUGUGAAUUGGGUUCUUCAGUUUGAUUGUCCAGAGGAUGCCAACACAUACAUUCACAGAGCAGGUAGAACUGCCAGGUAUAAAGAGGGUGGUGAAGCUUUAUUAAUUUUGCUUCCUUCAGAAGAAAAAGGGAUGGUGCAGCAGCUUCUCCAGAAGAAAGUACCUGUGAAGGAAAUCAAAAUCAAUCCAGAAAAACUUAUAGACGUCCAGAAAAAAUUGGAAUCAUUUUUAGCUCAAGAUCAAGAUUUAAAAGAACGAGCUCAAAGGUGCUUUGUUUCCUACAUACGUUCUGUGUAUCUGAUGAAGGAUAAAGAAGUAUUUAAUGUGAGCAAGUUAUCUAUGCCUGAAUAUGCUCAGUCUCUUGGUCUUGCUGUGGCACCACGGGUAAGGUUUCUUCAGAAAAUGCAAAAACAACCCAUCAAGGUAGUUAACCAACAUAAUGAAGUAACUGAGCCAAGGGCUCCCUCCCUCACCAGUGACGAAGUGGAAGAAUUUAGAGCCUACUUCAAUGAGAAGAUGUCUAUCUUUCAGAAAGGUGGCAAACGACCAGAAGGGCCUGAGUACAGACCAACUAGUGAUGUCAGUGAUGAAGAGGAAGAAGAGGAUGAAGAUGUAGAAGGAAAAAUGAAAGAGAAACUAGGCGUGCAACCUCAGCCUGUUCCUAACACUAAGGAAGCACAGAAGCUCAAGGAAGUUCCUGUGCAAUUCUUGGACAGAGAUGAAGAGGAGGAAGAUGGACUUGAUGCCGAUUUCUUUAAGGUGAAGCGACACAAUGUGUUUGGGUUGGACCUUAAAGAGAAUAAAGCGAUGCAGAAGAAAGAAACUUCUAAGUCCAGUCUCAAGAAAAAGGUGACCAAGGUCGCGGAAGCAAAAAAAGUAAUGAAGAGAAACUUUAAAGUGAACAAGAAAAUAACAUUUACUGACGAAGGGGAGUUAGUUCAGCAGUGGCCACAAAUGCAGAAAUCCGUCUCCAACGAUCCUGAGGAAGAGGACAGCGCUGGUGGUAUCAACUUAGAUAAAGCAAAAGAAAGGCUUCAAGAAGAGGACAAAUUUGACAAAGAAGAAUAUAGGAAGAAAAUUAAGGCAAAGCAUCGGGAGAAAAGAUUGAAAGAAAGGGAAGCCAGGAGAGAAGCCAACAAGAGAUCAGCAAAGACCAAAGAUGAAGAAGAAGCCUUUCUGGAUUGGAGUGACGAUGAUGGUGAUGGAUUUGACCCAAGCACACUUCCGGAUCCAGAUAAGCACAGAAGCUCUGAAGAAUCAGAUAGUGAAGAUAUGGAAGAUAAAAUUAGUGAUACCAUGAAGAAGCAGGCAAUGAGAAAAAGGCACAACAGUGACGUGGAAGACGUGGGACACACAAGCCGUAAUAGAAAGAAGACCAAGUGGGAAAACCUAGAGCCUCUGGAUACGGGCCUGUCUUUAGCUGAGGAUGAAGAGCUGGUGUUACAUCUGCUCAAAAGUCAAAGUUAAAUACUUUCUGCUCUUCUCCUUGAAACUUCUGCUCGUGGAUAAGAAAUUGAAAAUUAUAUGGACAAAAAAGUGAAGAAACAGUAGCUUUGGGUCACUCAGGUAACCUGAGUCCCGUGGCCUAAACGCACGCUCCCCAAAGAAGCAAUGGUUCUCGAAGCCCUUGCAGGACAUGCGUGUGCCUUCCCAGAGAGAACUCAGGGUGAGGGUGGAUUCUGACAUUUCCCAGCCCCAUUUUCUGGCAUGUUCUCUGUUAGAUCUUAUACACAAGUUCCUACAUCUUAUUUUCAGAAAUGCUUCCUCUGUUUUACUGAGAAGUUCUGAAGAUCUUGUUUCAUUGUUAGAAAUUCCUGUCUUGCGUACCAUACAGAGGUUUCUAUAUGCUGUUAAACCAGACUGCUCACACUUGGGAUGUGUUUAACAUCUCUAAAGAGACAGAUGGUGAUGGACCAACCCUGAGGAAGAAUGAGUAUUUUUUCAUUGAGAUGAUCAUUAAUAAACAUAGUUCCUAUAAAAUAAAAUAUUAAUGGUUUCAUUGUGUCUAGUGAUAUGAGAGCACGCUUAAGGAAAGAUUCUUAACAUUAAAACAGUUGGCCCAUUCCUAAGAAGUGAAUUUUUCCAGUUCUUCAGUUAGCAUCUAACUUAAACAGCUUUGCUAACCUUGAAUAAAACCUAUAGAAGUCCUGAAUCUGAAGACUUUGUGACCUAAAACCCAGUCUCUUGGCAAGCCCCUCACUGACUGUAGAUCUUCUGCAAGUGCCUUGAUCAGCAGGCACCCAGAACAGGCUCCUCGAGCAAAAAGCCAAAUACAAAGAAACCUCUUUGGUUACAAAUACACGUCAGGUUCUUUAUAAAGAAAAAAAGCUGGGCCUUGGUGUGAAAUAACUGACUUUAUCAUGGAUUUGUCACCCUCUCGCUACUCUCUCCCUUUCCCACUUCCCACUCUAGGCACAAACAAUCAUUUUCAGUAAAGGUACAGAUCACUCAUGAACCCAAGAAAGGGGUGGUUAGCCUCGCCCCUCUCACAGACACUUCUACCUCAGCCCCAAGCCCCUUUUUGGAAAGUUUCUCCUUUUACAUCCAUUUUCUUAUGAGCAGCACUGACACCACCAGUCAUGAAAGCCAGAAUGUGGCAACCCUGCCCUUCUCUUUCCCUCCCUUCACUCACUGCUCCUCUGGAUUUCUCUUCUGUGAUGAUUCCCUCAGCCAUUGUUUCUUCCGUUGUCGUGGAAUUCAGAUCUCCCUCGUCACCUGCUGUAACUAUUGCAGUGAUCUAACCGUCACUGUGCUUCCAGUUCACGUUUCUCUGGAAUUCUCUAGAAUUGUCUUCAUGGCUGACCUGUGUGAUUCCUGUUAUAGUGCUUACCAUGCAGAUGUAACACUUGUUUAUGAGCCCUUUACAUGUGACUCGUUUCUUGGGAGCAAACUGACUUGUGUUUUCUAUCUUGGGCAUCCGCAUAGCCAGACAUAGCACUUGUGCUGUGAUAGGUUCCCAGUAAGCCGGCCAGGGAGAUACCCACAUGACAUGGCAGACCUCUCCUGUCGCGCCCGCUGCUCCCCUCAGCUGUGUAUUUCAGUCAGUCUGCCUGUUCUGUUCCCUGCUCUGUCUCUUAUGAGUCCUCUCGCCCUCCCAUGCCUCUGGCCUAUACCCCAGCUCUUGCAUUAAAAAAAAAAAAAAGUAAAUACUUACUAAAUGAGUAAAUGGACAGUAAUAAACCAAGACAGUUUUUAAAGGUCCCUCAUAUUAUCAAUAUGUCACAUCAUCUCUGGUAGAAAGGACAUAAAGUGAAGGAAUUGAGAACUAGAAGAAAUGGCUGUAAAGGGAAGAAUGCCUCUAAUAGGGAAAAUAAGAAAGGAAUUCAGAGCAUUACAACCUGGGAAGAUUUUGGAAGUUUCUGGUAAAGGGUCUCUGGACCUUGUAUUCAAAGGCCAGAAAGAUAUAGGCGUCUGUGAGAAGAUUUACCAUUGAAUGUUCUUAGGCCGCUGCGGAUGUUUUUUCCUAACCAAAGAAAGGAAUUACAUCAGUUGAAUUACCCUGUAUAUGUAAACAUUGAAUAAUAUGCCUUUGGGUCAUAAGCUAGUUUGAACUGUAUUCUGUCUCUGGAACUGAGUGGCUCUUGACAAAUGUAUAUAUUGUUGACAAUUUUAGUUUAUUUUGAAAACUAAUACAUCAGAAUAAUGUUGAUAGAAAACUCAAGUAACUAAUAUAUAUAUUUAAAUGGACCAAAUCAGUUACUGGUUUGGCUACCCAUUGUGUUUUGCCGUGGCGUGUGGGACCAUGUUUCCUAGAUCUUUCACCUCUCACAUCAGGGCUGGACAACAACUCGGGCCAGUGAAAGUAGCCACAAACACAGAGAUUCGCCUAAUGGUGGGCCUAAUUCUCUGGAAGGGACAGUGAGACCUUUUUUCCUCAGAGUGAUAUACAGAAGAUGAAAGAAAUUCUUUACUCGCAGGGACUGAAGGAAGCAGGGAUGUGGAUCUGGGGCCUCUAGCAGCCAUUUCUGUAGCUCCCCACCUCCGUUGUCUCCUGAUGACUACACAAGAGAGAAACUCAUAACCAUGAGCGAGAAUGUUUGUUCAUUCAAUAAAUGAUAAAUUCAGCAAUUACGUAUGCCGGGCUCGGUACUUGUGAGAAAUACAAAUAAUUCCCUCCCCUGUAGCCCCCAUUGUCAGGGAAAGAGAAGCAAAUUGUUAAUUUGAAAAAAGAUGAGAAGGGGAAGAUUAUCAUCUUGAGUGCAGAGGCUAUUGCAGGCGAGCAGAUAGGAGGCAGGACAUAGGGCGUUGCUGGCCUUGGACCCAAAGACUCAUUCUUCAUGAUGCUUCUCCAUGGCCGAGAAGCCAUUCGUCAGACUCACUGGUGUAAAGUGAUCCCUAAAAUUGCGUAGGUCUCUGAGAGCAGAGUCACACAGCAGCAGGAUCUGCUGGAGGACUGCCAUCUCAUAAGCUUAACAUGGCAUUUUAGAUUUGUUUGGGGCUAUAAAAAAUGGAUACGUUUAAUUAAAUGUAAUUAAUUUUGUUACACAACAUUGGAACUACCCUGGGCAUGGAAAGUCAUCUCCAUGCCUGGCAGAGCCUGCCAGAGGAUGCAGAUGUUCUGGGAAGUAUGGGGAGGAAGCAGCCUGGGGAAGUGCUAGUGGAGGUAAAAGGAAAGGAACUUGUAACCAUGGUUUGAAAACAGUUUCCUAUCUUCCCAGAUCAUUUUAAUUAGACGUCUAAUCAUAGUGUGAUUUUCUUUCCCAGCCCCUGCUGAGCAGGCAGCCCAGGGCAGACAUGUUUUAUACCAUAUAACCCUGUGCCUGUGCCUGCUGAAUCAGGAAUUGGCCGCUACACAAAGCCUGGCCAUUAGUCUUUGAGAGAAAGGCUGGUGCAGAAAGCUCUGCUCAAACAGGGACAAAUCAGGCAAAUAACAUGCUCGGAAACUGUAGGUAAUCAGCAAACUAAGAUUAUGAGCCAGACCAGGAAGCAAGUACUGUGGGCAGAGGUUAAGAGUAAAUGGUGAAGGGCCCACUUGCUCGUGGAAUGUGAAACAAAUCCAUGGAGCUUGGCCAAGUUGGGGCGGCCAAGACCUGCAGGCUCCGGCUGUUGAGCUCCCUGACCCUCUAGGUCCUCUCCCUGAGACUUCCUCUCCCCAUAAAUCCUCCUCUUAAAUUUCUCCUGCAGUCUGUCUCCUUUACUGCCUGAGUUUGAGACUCCAUUGCCUGGGCCUGUCUGUCUUUGGGGUUUUCGGUACCUUAAAGAACUUCAGUAAGACUCCAGAACAGUCAAGCGUAGUGCUUCGUACACUUCAGUGUGCCUGGGUCGCACUAAGUAUGUUUUAGACAUGCCAGUUGCGAUUCAGCGGUCUAGGGUAAGACCUGAGAUUCUGCAUCUCUGACAACUCCCAGGUGCUGGCCCCUGGCCACAUUUGAGGAGCAAGGCUCUAAUGGAAUUCAGAGAGUUAUUAAAACCAUUAUUCACAGAGAGGGAUUCUGUCAGCAUCCCAGCAGGAAACAGAUGGUGCACACAAAUGAGGAUAAUCUAGGGGGAUUUAAUGAGAGGGGGAUCUGCAUAGCCAGGAUAGGGUGUAAGGAAACCACAAGGGGAUGGUUUGCCUGAGCUUGGUAAUGGACGCGUUCCUACUCCUCACCCUGAAGGGAGGAGGGAAGGGGAUGCAGCAGGUUUCUGACCUUCAUUUGACACAUGCAACCAGCCAGGAUAAUAAAUUCUGCCACCUCACUCUCCACCUCUCUGGACCCCUCCUGGUGGUCCCCACUGGCUCCAAACCCAGUGCCAGAGAGUGAAGUGCCCAUAGGUGUCAUAUGUUGCUUGUGACACUGGGGAGGGGGGCAAAGAAGAAACUGGCACAGAUAUGUAGGUUGUAGAUAGGUGCAGUUCUGUUAUGUGGUAGGUGAAGAGAGGUCCUCGCGGACUUUGUCCCUGCAACCCCUGCAGUAUCAGCUCUGCUCUAAGUUCUAGACAUACUGCAGAGAGACAGCAAGCACCGCAGUCCCCUCCAUAGGGAUUAAUGUUAAGGAAAAGCACCAAGGAGAGAGAGUUAGGGGGAGAAAAACAGGAUUUUGAUGAAGGCCAGUAAGACAUCUGGAGGGCCCCAAGUCUGACAACAGGGCCUACUCUUCAGGCAGGUUAGCAGCACCUUAGCGGCAGGAUGUGCAGGAAGAAAAACAUCCAACCUAGCGAUGAACCUCACUAGAGAAGUCAUGACCUCGGCCUCUAGUGGUACUUGGGUGCUGCUUCCUACUUUUACUCUCUCCUGCUCUCCAAGACAACUCUUUCACAAUUUCCCUCUAAUCCUAAACCUCCAAAACCUCUUCCCCUUCUCCACUCUUGGCUGAUGACCUUCCUUUUGAUUUUACUGGGAAAAAAGACAUAGUUAAGAGAGUCCUUCCCCAGCCUCCACCUACAUCUCGUGCACAUGCUCUCCAGGUACCUGCCACUCUGGCUCAAGGACAUGCUGGAUCCCAGCUCCUCUGAUCCUCUCAAAGACCUCACGUCUGCACUGGACCUCUCUCUGUCCCACAUUAUCAAAUCCCCUCCCUACUGGUUAUUCCCACAGUAACCAAACAUGAGGUAGUGUCUUCCAUCUUGCGAAGAUAAGUUGCCCCUCCUAUCCCUUUCCAGCCCCAGUUCCCUUUCACCUUUUCUCAUUACAGCCUAACUCCUCAAGA